UUUUCUUUCUCUCUCAGUUUGCUUCCUUCAACCAUGGAUACGGCUCACUGGCCACAGGAGAUCGCGAUGAAGCCUAUGGAAGAAAUGGUAGUACAAAACGCCACGAACUCAUGUUCAAAACCAUCUUCGAAUUCUUCAUCUUUAGAAAGAAGGGCAAGGCCACAAAAAGAAGCAGCUAUAAACUGUCCAAGAUGCAAUUCUACAAACACCAAGUUCUGUUACUACAACAAUUACAGCCUCUCGCAGCCUAGAUACUUUUGCAAGACCUGUAGAAGGUACUGGACAGAAGGUGGGUCUCUUAGAAACGUUCCUGUUGGUGGUGGCUCAAGGAAGAACAAGAGAUCAUCGUCUUCUAUAUCAUCUCAUUCUUCAAUGUCAAAGAAGCUGCCUGAUCUGGUUGUACCUCCUGCAGCAACUCCAGUACUUUCUCAAAACCCUAGGAUGCAUCAUGAGCAUGGGCAAGAUCUAAAUCUUGGUUUCCCAUCAACCAAUGAUUUCAAGACUAUUUCUGAGCUUAUUCAAGUACCCAAUUUUGAUGGGACCAAGAACACCACUUCCGCUUCAGGCACCACCACUUCUUCAGCUCAUCUUUCGGCUCUGGAACUCUUGACUGGAAUGACAACAAGGGGUAUGAUGAAUUCCUUCAUGCCAAUUCCAGUUCCUGAUCCCAAUUCGGUUUACUCGUCUUCCGGACAGCUGAUGAUUCCGAUGCCAGAAUUCAAGAUUCCAUCGCUUAGUUUUUCAUUGGAUGGAAUGGGUGGCAAUGGUGGGGGUGGUAAUUAUGGAAGUAGCCUCCAUGAUAGUUCAAGUGGGAGGCUUUUGUUCCCAUUUGAAGAUCUGAAAACAAGCUCAGCAACAACAGCUACUCAUGAUGGACAUCAUAGUGUAGAACAAAAUAGAGAUCAGAAUGGUGACACCAAUGGCUUUUGGACUGGAAUGUUAGGAGGAGGCUCAUGCAAUCAUAUCAUGAUCUUCAAUCAAGAUCGAGGGUCCUGA